CAUUCAGGCGCAGAGCUUAACGGCACGGAUACAAAAAGAGAUGCGGAAUGUUUUAGAAUUAAAACCAAACGAAGAGCGACACAACAGUCGCGCUGAAAUAAUGUAAUGAACUACAAAAACGCUGCGUGCGCGGAAUCGCUGCUCUGCGCGCACGAACAGAUCAUUAGUUAUUAACAACUUUUCAUUGCCAGCAUCUCGAAAGCCCAGAUCCACGAUUGAUGUCGACGAGGCUCCUGCCCGAAAAAGCCUAAAUGUCAGAUAGUGGUUUUGAGGCGGCGGAGCGCGCUUUCAACCUGACCACAAACUUGGUUGUGAAGGCAGCGCCCCGCCCUCCUGCUCCUUAUAACCAGAAAGCCUGUUUGCGCCACGCUCAAACAUAGCAGCAACACUGGAGACCACGUCCACGUACACGAGCCGCUCCUGGACACGAACUCUGGCCACGAGACUUUGUCGGAUUACACCGGGUGUUUCAGCGCGUGACGGCGAGCAGACCUCCAGACGCGACCAUGGAUUUCCUCAAUCACAACUAUUUGAACGCGCGCAGCCCAUAUGACUACACUUUCAAUUUCUGGAACGACUAUCUCGGGCUCACGACGCUGGUUACGAAGAACAACAAGCUGAGCAUCCCCCAGAACCCCAACUCCAUCACCGAGUCGCUCAAAGCCACGCUGGGCUUGGACGACUCCCCGGAGUGUCCGUGCGUAAUCGCGGGCGGCGUUGGGGAGAGCGGCGCCCUGGACUGCUGCUGCCCGUCCGGGAGCCCCCCGCCCGCCUCCAUCCUGGACCUGAAGGAGCGCUUCUCCAUUCUGAGCCCCUUCCAAAGCCAGCUCGGCGUCCCGCUGCCGGAGCGGGACGUGGGCUUCGGUGGGAGCUUCGCGGGGUUCGACCUGUUCGGCGUGGAGCGCAAGAUGCGCAAACCCGCCUCCCGGAGCAAGCAGGAGCCCAAAAUCUGCGUCUUCUGUCGAAACAACGGCGCUCCCGAGGAGGUGUACGGCUCCCACGUCCUGAAGACGCCGGACGGACGCGUGGUGUGUCCCAUUCUGAGGGCUUAUACCUGCCCCCUGUGCAGCGCCAACGGGGACAACGCGCACACGAUAAAAUACUGCCCACUGUCAAAAGACCAGCCACCCCAGCGGCCGCUGAAGGGGGGGCGGGCUGUGGGGGGCAAAAGGAUGAAGAUCUUCUGAACCGACGAGACUAGAAAGUAAAUUGAAUUGCACUGAACAAUUUCCAGAUGACUGUUUUGAUUUCAAUUAAGCCUUUUUUUAUUCCAGUUUCAUAAACAUAUUGAUUUUACCUUUUUUCUCUAAGAUCUCUUAUAUUUUUAUAGUUCCUUUAUCCACAUAGAAUAAUUUUAUGCUUUAUACAUUGGAUUUAUUUUUCUUUCUAGUUUGUAGUCAUUUGAGCGUGUGCAUAUACAGUAUAUAUACACCUAUGUAUCAGUAAUGACAAAGUAUGAGAACAUUUUAAAAAAAGGUAUUUUGGUCACGUACGUAGGGAAACACACUGACGUUGGCAAACGGGCAUGAAUGUCAUAUUUCUACCAAGUAUUUUUGUACACUGAGCAAAGCUCGCUGCGAUUUUCGUUCUCGUCUUAGAAAACCAAAGUUACGUUCGCCAUUAAAGAAGCUGAAGAAUGUGUCCCUGAUGAAAACGCGAGUGCGUCCGACUGGAGAGCGACUCUUUGAUCCCUCUGGCCUCGACUAAAAACUCCACAGCAUAUUUUCCAACCGACUUUGAAAGGUUGACAUUCAACCCCAGAGGCAGGAAUAAAACAAGACAAUGUGGCCUCAGUUUAGGGCUCGUGUUCUCUGGGGAGCGUUCUAAUUAAUUGUUGCCAAGCCAAACCUCUUUAGAAUCCUAUGAGAAAGGAGACGGAGGAAGAAGAGACGCAAGCCUUCAUAUUUUAUGUUUACAUUCCCAGAAAAGGGUGACACACUGGAUUUGUUCCUCUCUUUCUCUUGUGUUGUUUGUCUGUUUGUCCGUUUGUUGGCUUUGGUUUCUGCUCUGACGUAGAGCGAGUCCCACUUACCUUUCACCCUGUGCCAGGGUGGAAAAGAGCAAAUGAAUGUCAAUAAACCAACAACGCGAUCCCACACGUCUCUUCUGAAGAAUCCAAAAAUAGAUGCAAACGUGUUGCGAAUGUACGAUUUCAAGUGUCAAUUGUAGGACUGCACAUCUCUGACAGUUUUGUUUACCAAAGGAAAACAAUUGCAUUGAAGAAAGAAGAGAAACUCGCUGUAUUGUACAUAAAGUGGUGUUUAUUCAGUAUUUUAACAUUACAAGUGACUUCAGAGGGCACUACCUCAACAGGAUUUUGUACUUACAUGAUAAAUGUCAACAGCAGUUUAUUGAUAUAGUGCUGCCAUUUAUAAUAAGGGUUUUGAUAGUAUUUUUGAUCUUUGUAUAACAUAAUUGUAUUUUCAUUUUGUUGCAUUUAACAUGAUGGAAGUGAAUUUCCAAAAAGCUAUAAGCAUUGCUCACCAAAAGGUGACUUGUCUGUAAAUACCGAUUAUACCCAUACUUUUUAAAGAUUAGUUGUUCAAUGUUACAUUCUGGAGAGUGGAUAUUGACCAAGGCCGACGAAAUUUGCCACUUUUAACAGAGGUUUUUGGGGUUUUGUUUUGAUUAAAUGGGAGAAAGAAAACGAAAACACUGUUGAACUUUGUUAUUUAUAUUUUACCACAAUUUCCUGUAUGCUGCUGUGCAGAAUAACAACAUAUGAAUUCACUAGAGAAAUAAAGACUUAUCAGAUA